CAAUGUGGGCCACCACGAUGUGCACGUGUCAACGUCUGAAUCCACGGAGACCGCAACUAGCGUCUCUCAACUCUCAACUCCCGUCCACAGGAUCCGAGAUUCCCCACCACCAAGGAAGGCAACUCUCAUGCCGACUAUUCCGCGAUCUGACUCGGUUAAGUUCAAUAAAACAUCGGCCAAUGGCAGUGCUGUGAGACAAAUCAAUAUGGACGAAAAGCAGCGUGCGCCUCGGUUAUCGAGACGCGUUCCCAGUCUUAAACUCAAGCGGAUGGGUGCACAGUCUAGGAAUUUAAACAAUGCCAAUGUCGUAAAUGAUAGCGCAGAUGGAACUAUACCCUGUUUUCCGCCCUCUGGUAGGGCGAAUCCAUCGAUAACGAUAACGAUUGACUCUGAUGAUGAUUCUGUGUUUAGUGAUUACCUAAGUCCAGCCAUGAACUAUAAACCGGAUUUGAAGGUGCAGUUUAUCGGAGACGAAACAAGUUUGUACGGUACUCCUAAAGAGGAAUUAAUACCGAACAGUAGUGCAACAAUAAAUAUGGAAAAGUCGAGCCCCACGAGUUUCCUAAGGGAACAAAUAUAUGCGUUUUUCCAACCCUCGGAUAACAAGCUGGCAAUGAAAUUAUUUGGAAACAAGAAUGCAUUGCUUAAGGAGAAAAUGCGUCACAAACGACAGGGUAACUGGGUUAUACAUCCAUGCAGCAAUUUCAGGUUUUACUGGGACCUGUUCAUGCUAGUGUUGCUAUUAGCAAACUUGCUUAUCCUUCCUGUUGCUAUCUCAUUUUUCAACGACGAUCUAUCCACCCAGUGGAUCGUCUUCAACUGUAUUAGUGAUACUGUCUUCUUCCUCGACAUUAUUAUCAACUUCAGGACAGGGAUUAUUUUAAACGAUUUUGCGGACGAGAUCAUCUUAGAUCCGAAACUGAUUGCCAAACAUUAUUUGAAGUCCUGGUUCUUUCUUGACCUCAUCAGUUCUAUACCGAUGGACUACAUAUUUCUGAUGUGGGACUCAGAGGGCAACUUCAGCCAAUUGUUCCACGCAGGUAAACAGGAGGAGUUGGACGCCUCUCCCUAUUGGCAAGGUCGUGCCUUGCGGAUAUUACGUCUGGCCAAAUUGUUGAGUUUGUUGCGGUUGCUACGUCUUUCGCGUCUAGUCCGAUAUGUCCAGCAAUGGGAAGAGUUUUUGGCGGUUGCAGGGAAGUUUAUGCGAAUAUUUAACCUGAUAUGCCUUAUGUUCCUUCUGGGUCACUGGAACGGAUGUUUACAGUUCCUGGUGCCAACUUUACAAGAGUUCCCGAGUGAUUGCUGGGUUUCCAUAGAGGAACUAAAGCACGCCCACUGGUCACAGCAGUAUACGUUUUCGCUGUUCAAAGCUUUAUCUCACAUGUUGUGCAUCGGAUACGGACGUUUCCCGCCACAGAACAUGACGGACACGUGGUUGACAAUCCUCAGCAUGCUCAGUGGCGCAACGUGCUACGCGCUUUUCCUCGGGCACACCACAUCAAUCAUUCAGUCGUUCGAUACGUCCAGACGCCUCUACAAUGAAAAGUUUAAGCAAGUAGAAGAGUACAUGAUCUAUCGCAAACUUCCCCGAACUAUGCGCCAGAAGAUAGCCGAGUAUUACGAGCACAGAUAUCAAGGGAAGAUGUUCGAUGAGGAUCGUAUUCUCGGGGAAUUAAACGAAUGCUUGAGACAAGAUGUAAUAAACCAUAACUGUCGAUCUCUUGUGGCCUCUGUGCCGUUCUUCACUAACGCAGACCCGCAGUUUGUCUCCGAGGUGGUCAGCAAACUCGAAUUUGAAGUGUUCCAAGCCGGGGACUACAUUAUCAGGGAGGGAACGAUGGGCAGCAAAAUGUACUUCAUCCAGGAAGGUAUUGUAGAUGUCAUCACAACUGAAGGAGAAGUCGCAACAUCUCUCUCCGAUGGCUCUUACUUCGGGGAAAUCUGUUUACUAACGAACGCUAAACGUGUUGCAAGUGUCCGAGCAGAAACGUACGUGAACCUGUAUUCCCUGUCCGUGGAGCAUUUUAAGAACGUUCUUGAACGCUACCCGGUCAUGCGACGGACCCUGGAAAGUGUUGCGGCCGAACGCUUGACCAAGAUUGGAAAGAAUCCGAGCAUUGUAAGCAGCCGGGCUGAUCUGGACGAGGAUCAACGCCUGCUAAACGAGAUCGUCCUCGAAUCAACGCCGGUGGUUACAAGCGCCAGCGAAGAUGAGGACAGAGAUUCCGAUGACAGCUCAGGAAGUUCGAAAAGUGGAAGGCAUAAAAAGAAGUUUAAACUUGACUUCAGUGCCAAGUUGCAUAAAAUAACAGAGGAGCGUAAGUCACGCUCGAGAGAGAAUUUGAGGGAUAACACGGACAGUAAGUUCCGGAAUAUGUUACGAAAAGCUCCAUCAGGACCUAAUUUGUUUGGUCUCUUGGCUCCACCAGGGUUCAGUGAUCGAAAAAGAAGCGGUAGUGUUGGGGCAAACCUUGGAAUGAUUAGUGAAACGUUUCCUGAAACGUACCAAGAUGACACAAUGCACAAAAAGGACAGCGUGGGUAGCAGACUGUUUAUGAAACUUUUUGACGCCAGGGACUCCAGGAAGCGGUCCUGUUCCAAAUCCUCAUUCUGUGAUGACUCGCCAACUAACGAAGGGCACCAUAUGCAACUGUUAAGAGUUCCCAAAGAAAAAUCGAUAAAAUCGAAGGAUUCUGCCAAACAUUCUGAUAAAACGAGAAAAUCAUCGACUUCCGACGUGGAAUGCGAUGCGUCGCUUCGUAACCUUAAACAUUCGCGUUCCAACUCCACCAGUGAGUAUGAUACAAGCAUACCACCACCGUCACCGUCUCCUCAAGUUAGUUUCUCUCUUCCAGAGGACGAAGAAGAGGAUGACGAAGACGACACAAAUGAAGAACUGUAUCUGCAAAUCAAUGAGGUCAAACCGAAGCGCGUUGGGACGCCCUCUGCGCAAAGAAAGCGAGCUUCGCCAAAGCAGAAGCGAGUAGACUUUGAGCAGGCCCAGCUGCUACCGGUCAGUGAUUCCAACACCAAUGGCAGGGAAAGCGAUAAGAUUUGCGACUCGCCUUCAUGACGGCCUCAUGUGUGACAUCUUUAAUGAAGUUUGAAGUAUAUUGUUACACCGAGAGAGCUGUCAUCACGGAACCUUCUAAUUUGAUUCGUGAUUGUUUAAUUAAACAUGAACUACUUAAAGUGUUUUAUUGCAACAUGUAUUAUAGCAUAUCAAAUUAACAAUGAAUGUUAAACGUGUUAUCAUGUUAUUACUUGUCAUGGCAAAUAUAACCUAAACAAUGGAAAAUAAGGACAAUAUCAUAAUGAUACAAGCAGUGUGUGAACCUUGGAGAAGGCAGUUAUCAUGGUAAUGGGUUUGCUAAUCUAGUUUUAACCACAACAGAUUCAUGUUCCUAUUGUAAUCCUAGCGCUUAAUGUUAAAAGAUCAUGUUGUGACAAUUAAUAGCAAUACACAAAUGACAUUAUUUUCCAUGUGUGCAUUUAAGAACAAAAGGGAACUUUGGUAUUUUGAUCUUUUGGAUGUUUUUGUCUGACACAAGAUGCCAGGAUCACGAAUUCGUCUUCAAUAUUAAAUAAUGUAGUAACAUCAGUUGCUUAGCUUUUCAUGAACAUCGAUUGCCUUGUGGUGCAAUUCAAAUGACUCACAAUGGCGGUCGAAAAUAUGUAAGAAUAAACACUUUUUAUAAACGAAAAUGAUUAUAUGUAAAUUCAGAUAUCAUAAUUAUAUUUUCUUCGUGACUGCACGGAAAAUAAUAAUGUUGAUUUUAUAUCUGAGGAACUUAAUGAUGAAACUAGAUGGAAACAAUUCAUAUUGAGAUUUUAUGCGUGCACUUUUAUCAUUUGAAGAUCGCUCCCUAUGAGGUAACUUUUUGUUCUGUGUUUUAUUAAAAAUAAAGGAAUUCAUUGCUUUUUAAGAAAAAUCAGCUGUCAAAAAUUAGGAAAAUAUUUUGAUGUAAGGCACACUAUGUUUUUCACAAUAUAAGUAUGAAAUGUAUAAGUAGCUUUUUAGAAUUACGAAGUAGUGUGUUUUGUGUUUUUUGUUGGAAGUUUUCACCAGUAGAAGCUAUGCAAUAUGACUCUUGUAGAUGACUGAUAAAUUGUUUGUUUAUAACCAUUGCAUAAUAUGAGCAUUUAAUGUUAAUUCUUGUUAGAAUGAUUGGUUGGUACGUUAGUGCAACGAUAUGUAUACUCUGUUAUUUAAGGCUAGGUACAUUGGUGCACUGAUUCGAUAUAUAUGGCAUGAUUAAUUUCAUAUCAUUGCACAUCUUGGUAAUUAUAACCGUCACUUUGGAAACAUUCCAGCUUACUAUGAUUUAAAACCAAUAUCAAUUUGGCAGGAACAUAUACACAAUGUCGCAUGUGCUUUGGUAGGCAAAUGAGCAGUAUGUAUGAGUAUAUCGUAUGGAGUCUAUGGACGAUUUCAUUUAUAAGAACUUGAAUAAAUUGAUCAAUCCAUAUUUAAUUUUUAUUUGAAUCUGUUAACGGGUUCCGGUGCCAAAAUAUCACUUACGUUAAAAUGCAUUACACUUUAUCAUCGACAUGACUUGUGCUUUAUUUCAUAUGUUGAGUAUAUUGUAUUCCUUCGUUUGCCAAGAAAGGGAAUAAUUAUUCAUUUAUUGUCUUGUUUUGUUACUUUUACAAAUAUAUCAUAAUCUAUAUUUGUGUAACUUUUUUGACAAUGCAAAAAGCUUGUACAUGUACGACUAAUCUGUGAUUAAUUUAUUAUAAGUAUUGUUAUUAUUACGUAUAAAGACAUUUUGGCAAUGUUUGGUAAACCAUUUGUUGGUAUAGGCAUAUCAGAAAUGCAUAGGUGUUUGUUGCGAGUAUUCGGUAUCAUUUGAUUUUGUUUAUUUGUAUCACCAAUAUCCAUAUUGAGGUUUGCAUAGGAAUUUGUUUUUCAUGUAUUAGCGUUAACUCCAUACUGGUAGAUUCACGAACAACAGUGAUGCUUUGCAUUAUAUAGUGUUGUUUAACUAUAGAUUGGAAUGCUAUGCAUGCGGUGUGCUGUUUGUGCACUUAUUUUUAUUCACUUUGUUUUUUCAUUCAUAUGCAAUCACAGACAAUAUUAAUGGAAUAGUGUGGUGUUGAUUUAUACUGCGAAUACAUGUUUGUUUAAUAAACAAUGUAUACUUGCA